AUGUUCGGCAAGUGGUCUCUCGUGGCCGCAAUAGUCGCCCAGGGUCUAGCUGGGCUUGCCAGAACGAUCGAGCAAGAGACUGUCAAAGUGACAACAUCUGACACGGUUCGACGCGGUGAACUGGCCAACGUUCAUCUCGAUUGGCUGAGCGAGCCACCAAGCCUGAUUGAGUCAAGGUAUGCUUCCUGUGAUGGCCAGACAUCUGGAAAAGAGGAAACCAUUGCGCAAUUCUCCAUUCAAGAUCAGCCCCCACAGCGACUGGUCUGGGCAGUUCCUGAGGAUGCCGCAACUCACCACUGCGUAUUUGUUUAUGGGGGAGAUCCCUCAGGCAGUGCGCAGAGACUUUUGGGCAGAAGUAGCCCAGUAUCCCUGCAGAAGAAGCCGAAAAGACGAUCGGCGGCAGACACCAACAUCCCGUUGUUAAAAGACUUUGAUGCACUUGGAACAUGGUUCGACGGAGUGGCCAAGAUCAAGGACAAGCUCGAUACCAAUGGGGGAGUCAUUUCAGGAAGCUCGCCAAAGAAUUCCUCACUCGCAAUCGUUGGCGGAGGCAUCUCUGGUCUCGCAACAGGUCUGAUGCUAGACAGUGUCGGCGUGCACAACUGGGAGAUAAUUGAGGCGAGUGACCGUGUCGGAGGCAGAUUUCGAACCAAAUAUGUUGCAGACACACAGGAAUGGGCAGAGAUGGGACCGAUGAGGCUGCCAUACUCGGUGACAUACAAAGACGACAAUGAGACUCUCCUGUACUCCGACCACCAGUUGACCUUCCAAAUGGCAACCAUUUUGAACGACAUGAACAAAAAUGACUCGCAAUGGAAGAUCGAGUUCAUUCCCUGGAUCCAACAUAGUCCCAACGAAUUACUCGCUCAGGGAACUCGUCGGCAUCCAGACGGAAGAAUCCCAACGCGUGCUGAAGUCGAGGCAAACCCAGAUCUGGAGGAUGCACCGGCUAUGACCACAGCCGAGUUCAACAAUACUCAGAAUUCCAUGGACAAGAUUUUGAAGAACGAAACAACACUUAAAUCACUUCAGAAGGAUGUGUGGCACGCACACAAGAUUGCCAUGGACGAGGGCCUUGACGACUGGAGCGAACAGGCUUUCAUGCGACAUGUCUUCAAGGCCAGCGAAAAUGUCACAGAUGAGAUCUGGACUUCAUCCGACUACGAUGUUUUUUGGGAUGAAUUGCACCACAACUCCAAUCUUGGCUUGGAUGGCACAAAGGGCAGCUUGGGAGAAACAAAAUGGCUGUGUAUUGAUGGAGGAUUCAAUCGUUUAUCUGAUGCUUUCCUUCCGCAUAUUCGCGACAGGCUCAUUCUUAACCGAAAGAUCAGAAAGCUAGAACCUGUUCGGGACAACAAUAACAACACUCGCACCCGACUGUCUUGGUAUCCCAGCGUCUUCAACCGGACAUUUGAAUCUAAAGAGUACGACUACACGAUCAUGGCCGCGCCAUUCACCAUGACCCGCUUCAUGGACUUGCCAACAUUCUCAUCAGUCCUAGACCGCGCAAUCAGCGAAGCCGGCGUUCGCUUCAAAUCCGCCUGCAAAGUCGCCCUCUUAUUCUCCGAGCGAUUCUGGGAGAAAGGCGACCGACCCAUUUUCGGCGGAUACUCCAAGCCCCCAAGUGACCCAGUCGGCGCCCUCUACUACCCAGUCUACGGUCUUAACGAGUCACGCCCCGGUCUGAUAAUGCACUACCGAGGCGGGGACUGGAGCGACCGGUUCGUGAGUUUCUCUGACGAAGAGCAUGUUCAGACAGUGCUUGAUUCCAUUGUUAGCUUGCAUGGCGAGCAAGUGCGAGAAUUGUAUACCGGUGAUUACGAGCGUCUUUGUUGGCUGGAGGAUGAACAUACCGCGACGUCAUGGUGUCGGCCGGAUGUUGAGCAGCACAAACUGUACAUUCCUGCUUAUCAUCAGACCGAGCAUAACACCAUAUUUAUUGGUGAACAUACUGCGCCUACGCAUGCUUGGGUUAGCUCCUCCUUGCAGUCUUCCGUUCGUGGGUCUGUUCAGUUGCUUUUGGAGCUUGGUUUGGUGGAUGAGGCGAAGGAUUUGAAUCAGCGGUGGAUGGGGCAAUGGAUUAAGCUGUGA